AUUUUUGACGGCAUCACCCCGCAUCAGGGAGAAAGUUUUUGAUGCCAUCGGCUGGAAAAGCAAGCUAUUGUUUACGAAAAAAAAGUAUUCGCGUGUGUUAAUUACCAAAAAGCGUCAUAAAUAGUCAACUCAUCCGACUUGCAUUCAUCUUGCAAUAGUGCGAUUGGUAACGAUUCUACCGGUGGGUAAAUCGAUUAAUAACUCGAUAUCGCAUCGGCAUGAAUAAUAGUGUGUGCGAUGUACCAAAUAACAAUCCUGGCACAUACUGCCGGUUGUGUUUCUCACAAACCAAAGUUGUGCCGAUAUUCCCGCUUGGAAGCAACCAUAACCAGAAGUUGAUCAAUCAAGUGUAUCAGUGGACCGGUGUACAAAUCAAUUACCAGGAGGAUUUCACCUGUGCAAUCUGUUGGAAAUGCACGGUGUAUUUAGAAGAGUUUCAACGUUUUUGUGAUCGUUGCAGAAAGAACGACUGGAUUGUUAAACAGAAACGCACUGAUCAGAUAAGACAGGGUCAAAAGAGUGAAAAUUCUCAAGAAAACAGUGGAAAUCAGAUGGACGAUAGGCGUUUUGGGUAUAUGUACCCACUGAUGCAACCAGCCUUAGGAUACGAAUUUCGACUACCGAAUGAAACUCGGGACCGCCCUGGUCCAGAACAUCCGAGAACACUUACGCGAGUUUUUCACGAAGCAAUUCAACCCCCUGUUAGUCAUGUAACUAAGUCUGAAUCUCGGAUAGACAUUGACACAGAAUUCAAACAUGUUCUUCCGGUAGAACGACUACCGGAAGAGCUUGUCAAUAUGCUAGAUCUACCAGCAUCAUCUUCAAAGCGGCCAGCAACUAAAACUGAAUCCGCCGGCUCCGGAAACAGCACUGGAGAUGUAAAACCUCCUAAACAGCGCAGCAGUCAGUAUCAGAAAAUAGUAGAAUCCGGUGGUGUACAGUGUCCCAUCUGCAAGAAGCCUUACACCACGGACAAAAAUCUCAAAAAACAUCUUCGCUUGCACACGCUCUCAUUACCGUUUACCUGUAACGACUGUGGAGCCAAGUUUUCCGAGCGUCGAGAUUUUCAGAAGCACCAGGAACGAUAUCACGGUCCUAACGCAACUGCGUCCGUGUCGGAAAUCUUUCACUGUGAGUUUUGUUCCAGAGUUUUUACCCGGCAGCGAGAUAUGACCAAGCAUUUACGUCUUUUUCAUGAGCCACCCGAAGAUGCCAAGCUGGGGAACGUUAAUUUGUAAUGACAUGGUAUUUAAGCAAAUUGCGCAAUUUCUGUGAAGAUCGAAUAGAACAAUGGUAUCACCACAAUGAUAGCUUCUGAGAUGCCUUGAUAAUCAGAGUAUGCAGAAGUAUAGUUUUCGAACUAGAACUCAAGACCUGGUUUGCUUCUUUGAAGUUGGGUUUAUGAUACGAUGGAAUUCAACGUAUCUGUAUAGCUUGUUGAGAUUGCCAGGUUUGAAGCAAAGUUAUUUACUUAAAUUUUCGCUCACGGUCUUAUCUCAUUCGUACGAAAGUAUAGAAAAUGUGCAUCUCCAUUUUUGCUCUAAUCACUUGGAACGUUCGAAUGUCCUGUUAUUUAGCGCGUUUUGAAAUGGAAAUAAUAUUUUCCAAUUAGUUUAAAUUGAUCUAAUCGUACGAAAGUCUGAUUUAGUCAUAAACAAGAAUAAGGGUGGUUAGCUUGCGUCAUGCGGUGUAACUAAACAAUUGAAUUUGAACCAAAGUUUUUAUUUUCUAUGUUUACUCGAUCAAAACUUGAAGUUAUACUGAGAAAACACAAAGUUUAAAUCCACCUUUCCUUUAUCGAAUCGUAUCGUUUGAAUCAAAUACAGUAAGGUCGUUUUUUACGCGGUUUUUUUUACGCGGGUUGCUUUCCUCCAUUGCUCAAAAACGGUACAAAAUAUCGACCUCUUUUCAAUCACGUUUUCCGUUUUAGGCCACGAGUGAUUUUAUAUCAGUUUUCAAAAAAAAUCACAAUUUUUGGUGUAAAUACUCAAAAUUUAAAAUAUUGCAUUUUAGUCUCUAGAUUGGCCUCUAUCAUAUUCAAACGAGGUUUAAACGUUUUUGGACGGAAAAGGCGUUUUUUACGCGGGCACAUACAAAUUUGAAACGCAUCCCCCGCGUAAAAAACGACCUUAGUGUACAUCUAAUAAAUAUCGUAAAAAGUAUCCAGUACCCUGGGCUAUACGAAAGUUUUGAAAACAAUUACUGUACGAUUGCGGGCUUGGCGCUGCGUUCCGUUCCUAAUAGCGGAAAUAACACAUUUGAAGUUCGAGUAUAUACAUGAAGAGCGUAUAUGUUGUUCUAACAAAUUUUUACAGUUUCAGUUCUAGCUAAUCAUAUAUAUUUUUAAGCCCACAUAUAAAAAAUGCAAGAUAAGGCAACUUCAUGUCUAAAAUGCCGUAGCAUGUUGAUGCGGCGUUAAAAGAUAUGAACGUGUCCUUUUUCAGAUAUAUUGUGUCUUGUUUGGUAUGUACCUAGUGUGCUUCAAAACAGCGAACUGGCGGAUGAUAUGUUCAACUUUCUAGCCAAAUUAGAAAAGGUCGUCAGUUAUACGCCCUCGAGUUACUCGAUUAUCAAGAGCCAUCACUUUGAAAAAAAAAAAUGUAGUUACCAUUGCUCUGUUCAUCUUCAAUAUAUUAUAAAAAUAUCUGUACAACAUUAAUGUGUAAUAAAGUAACAACAUUGCCGAGUGAUAA